CGAAUCCUCGGCUAAGCUGCAGCCGGCCAGCAGCGGCGGUGUAACGAUUUCGAAUUGAAAUCACAGCUGUUGCUUUUAGCCUCCAUGCGUGCAUGGAUCACGGAUCCAAUCGGGCCAGCGAAUCGCGCGCGGGCAUUCGAGCGACAAAUUUAACAAAUUGACGCCAGAAAACCUGAUUCCGAGAGCCUCCAGCAGCUCCUGUUAAAAGGUUCGCUCGAAUAAAGUAACAGUAAAAAUAGAGUCAAUCCAGCAGAGUCGGAUCGCCGGUUAAACGCGUUUCCGUCUAUCUCUCUAUUCCGCAAUUUUUAAAUACUACGGAUCGCUGUUCGCGCAAUUUUUCCGCACUGGCGGAUUAAUUUUUUUACGAAGUGUACACCUAAUAACGAGGGCGACCCGUCACGGAUGAAUAAUAAAAUGGACGAUAAUAAUAGUUGAAAUAAUAAUAUCAAUGCUAGUGGUGCAGUUUUUUCAAUAUAUUGUUUACGCUCGAUCGGACGAUUAUAUAAAUAACGGUUUGCGUUCGGAAAUUCUGUAUUCUUAAUUUUAUCGUUGACUUUUAUGCGAACGAAGUGCGAAGUGUUGCAAUUGACCAAUACAGUUACAGUUGAAUAACGUAGUUGUAAUUAAUUUUUCAACCAUGCCUGUAUUCCGGUCAGAUUUCUUCUUUGUAAUAUAAACGAUACGCAUAUAUCGUGGAGUUUCACACUCGUUGACGAUGUGUUGUAAUAUAUGUAUUAUGCAGCGUUCAAAUAUUUAUCAAUCGCAUGGAUAAAACUGCGCAUCUGCGAUAAGAACGUUGGAAAAUAUUACGUGGAUUAAAAAAGUGUAGCCGGUAAAUUUGAACGAAAAUCAAGUGAACAAUGCGACGCGUGUGCUCGACGUGCAAAUUUCCGAUUUCCAAUAAUAAUCGUCUGCAAGCAGGUUCGGAAUCGAUUUUUAAUCUCAUUAUAAACUCUUGUCGUUGCGUCAGGAUAUUGCGCAAACCGUAUUGUGCCGUGAUCGUUUAAACUUUACCGAUUUCUAUUCGCGGAUCGUUUAUAUGGCGCGGCUAAAAAUAUAUCGUUAUUGACGUGUAAAUUACACAUAUUUGCAUAUGUAUAAAUAGUCACUCACGAUAUGGUAAAUGGAACCGUAUUAAUUCGUCCAAUUCGUUAACUUGCAAAAUCUGCGGCGCAAACGUUGAUCUUUUCAAAUUCUCGAUCAAAAACUGUCGUAGUUGGUCCGUGGACGCGAAGUGAUUUACUUGUCGACGAUAUAAAUCGUGGUCCAAAAAUUAAGUUCGUUAACAGUUAUACCCGCAUGUAUAGACGGGUUAUUAAAUUCUAUUUAAUCUCUUCGACCCGGCGUUCGCAUAGCCGUGUCAGGUAUACCCGUUGCUUCGACUUACCAGUAUGCGGAAAUUGUGGUCCAGAAACUCGCGGGUCGCGAGUGACCUGUCGGUCAUACCGCGAUGAGAUGUAACAAAUUGUAAAAGCUGUGCAUCGGAGAAAACGGGAACGCUGCAACGAGCCGAGUUGUAAGGAAGGUCAGUUUCAAUAAUAACGAGAGAUAAUCGGUGAACAAUUAGUAAACCUAUUUUUUCGGGAGUAUUUCUAAUUCUUCGUUUAACAAUCUCCGAUCGUCGGAUAAACGGUGUGCGAAUGAAUUAACAAGUGAGUGCAAUUUUUCAUCAUGGGAAAUGCCAAAUCGCAACCGUCUCGACCUCGGAGGCCGCUCUACCUGUUCUACCUGAUUCAUCGAACCUGGAGCAUCGUCGUCGAACACCGAAGUGCCGGCAAGGAGGAACGAUACGAAGACACCGAUCGCGAAACCGAUUUAAAUUCGAGAUGCAGCGGCUGCGCCGACUGCUGUUACCGGCAGGACAGUUUCUCGUUCGACAGCGAGUCGGAAAUGGCUCCGAAUGCAGAGGAGGAACUGCUAGCCGUCAAGCCAUGGGCGUCACAUCCCGACAAGCAACAAGAACGCCUCAGGCCUCCGACUUACAACGCCGAGGAUUACGCCGUCGCCCUUCGGAGAUGGGGAAGACGUCCGAUUCCAUCACCCGCACCGGAAACUCAGAAUGGAACUUUACCAUCCACGACCAGUUCCAGUUCCGGAUACGCUUCCGGUUGCGGAGAGAUGACUCUGCGCCAGUUUACUUCCGUCAGCGAACUACUGAACAAACUUAGGACUGAUCUUAGGCUCGCCUUUCCGAGUUUCGUCCAGGAGUUCGCCUCGGCACCGGCAGACGGGAUAACUCUGCUCCUGGAGACCCUGAGGGGUGUCCAACUCGCUCAGAAUUCUCCACCCUCCGGUCAAACUGGUCCGAGAAUCGGUACGCGAAGAGCAGCUCUGGACGAAUUGGGAUGCGUCGAGUGUCUCGCUGCUUGUGGCGAACGAUGCGCCGACGCUCCGAGACUCCUUAUCGAGGCUCAGCCGGGGCUUUUGGCUCUAGCCGUUUGCCUCACGAGCAGCCUAAAUCGUUCCAGAGUUCUGGCCUUGCAGCUACUAACGAGAGUCUGUCAAGCACCUGGCGGUCAUGCCGCUGUCUCCGAGGCCGUUUCGACUUUGAGAUUGAGGUACGGAGAAGGCGGAAGGUUCAGGUUUUUGGCCGGAGCUCUGCUCGCUCCUAGCGCAGCCAUUGUUCUUCGCGUCGCCGGAAUAUCCUUCUUGAACGCCUUCAUCAAGUCCGCUCCUCGGGCGCAAACGAAACUUUAUAUUCAGGCGGAGGCCUGCGAAGCCGGUCUGGAGCCAAAGGUGCUUCAAGAAUGGUUGACGGAUCUGGACUCGAGCGUCGAGGAGUCGAUGACGGAAUUGUUACGUAAGGAGGUGCAUCGAUGGUCCCGGAACUGCGUGGACGUCGAGGCUUUGCAGAAGCGGGCAUCGCGAGCGGAGGAAACGUGCCGGAUGUUGGGGAAGAAGAUCCUGUCGCUUCAGCGACAGAUCGAGACUCUCCAGGUGGUGAACAUGAACGGAUACAACGCCUCGAAGUUGGCCUCGAAGCCGGGUGAGAACAACGCCUCGCUCAACGCCGAGGACGAGGGGAUAAGUUCCUCGGAGCGUUCGAGCACUCCGGAGGAGCUCCUGAAGCGGGAGGAUCUCGACGGCGGGCCUAAGGCCUCGGGGCUGCCGGACAACGACCAGGAGACGACGAUCGACGACGUGAUCGAGGAGCUUCGGAUCAUCGUGAAGGACGCGGAGGAGGAGUACGAGGACAAGACCGGAGGAGUGAAGCACGGGCAGCGUCGACCGCCAGAGUCCUGCUCCUCGGUGAGCUCGAGGCCGAACAAUCCGGGGGGCCCUAAGACCCAACGAAGCGAGCCGAACCCGGUGACGUAUUUCGGGGGGCGGAGACCCGCCGACUCGGAGGAUUUAAGCUGCUCCGGCUCCACGGCGACGCGGAAACUCAGCUCGGGCCGAUCGACUGUGAGCAAAUCCUCCGCGGGUGGGAGCCUCAAAAUACUCGUUAAGGGACCCGACAUCGAGGAGGCUAUUGUGCCCGCCAUCAUCCACCCACAACCCCCGAAGCGCAGCGCCCCCUGCAUCUCCGCCAUAUUGGCCGGACGCGGAUGCGGCUUCGCCGGUAACGAAGAGCCCUACGUUUCACCGGGUGAGGAGAUCGAAGAGGAGACCCUCGGCGACGGCAGCGAUUCGCUCCUCAGUGCCUCAAGGCUUAAAUAUCCCGCCGAGGAGCCCGCUCCACCUUUUCCCACCGACAAGACUGUGUCCAACAAGACCAUCCGCAACUACGACGGAGGGAUGGCGCGGCGUGCCGGAUUCGUUAGCCAUAGAGCCCACAGUCAGGGCAGCGCGCAGGAAGGAAGGAGGAAGACCUUGCGCAGGACAUCGAGUCAGGACUGCCUUGACGCCAGGGGUCGCGGACAGCGGGUGAAGCGGUCGGAGAGUGGGGUUGAGGGCCGGAUAAGGAAGUUCGAGAGUCUCAACUCGGUCGAUAAUCUGAGCGCGGAUAGCGGCACGGGGAUGCGUCGCUCCGAGUCAUUCCAUCAGGUGUCCCUAGGCGCCAAGGAAUCCCCGGCUUCUUCCUCGCGCGGCGGAAGUGACGCGGGACUUUUUUACGUUACGAAUUUCGAUCUAGAACCGGUCGUCACGCAGAUGGCGCGCAAGGGCGAACCGCAGGCCUGUCCGAAGAAUUCCAGCCUGCUGACCAAGUCCCUUGACCGUAUUGACGAGGGCCUCGAUUCCAUGGUCGAUAUCGUUCUCACCGAGGAUAAGGAGUGGGGCGAAAACGGGGCCCGGUUAAGGCCCGAUAAACGGGCCAAGAGCGCGACUCGCGACAACCGACAACAGAUAAGAAACGACGAGUUUUACGCGAGCUUUUGCAAGCUUGGAUCCAAACACCUACGCAGCGACGAGCUUUACACCGACAAAUCUACCCCCGCUGGUAACAACCUCCAGUGGAGCUAUCAGACCGAGCUCAACAACUCGAGAAAGUCCGGAUCGCAGACCUGCAACCGCGCCGUUUUGUCCGUUUCCGGUUCGAGUCGGCCCGAUUCUUUCUCCGUCGAUAAGAGCGUCGGCAGCAAGUUCUCGAAGGGCUCGAACGAGUCGGGUAUCUACCUUCCCGGGAGGUCCUACGACGCCUUUGGCCUGUCCAAGAAUAGGUUCAACGCCGGAAAGUAUUCCGGGAACAACCUGCACCAGGGCAAAUUGACACCCGCUAGGGAUGGUGUCAACCCCUGCAGAAAUUCAAUCGUUCUGCAAACGAACGCCGGUAAUAACAAACACGGCAAGGUCACCGACGUCAUUUCCGGUCUCUAUUGAUACCGGGUCUUGACCUCUUUUCAGAUAAGCUUUAAUUUUAGGUAACAUAUAUUGGGGAACCGGUUAGAAAUUAAAUUUAUAAAAGGGACAGUUUCGCCGGAGUCGAUUUUUAUCCGCGAUUUUUUAAAAACAUACAUGUUUCUGAACUUCCGCUAAUUCCGAUUGCAAAUUUGUUUUUUUUUUUUUUUUUUGUUUUUCUUGUUAGAAAAAUUAAUAACCUCUAGAAAUUUUACCUUGGUUCCCCCUGUCCAGAUUUUAACAUGAUCGUAAUUGUAGUUUAUUAACGCAGUAUGGAUAGUAUAAUAUAUUGUAGAUUUACUAUAAGAAAAUCGUACCUUAUGACUAACGAUAAAGUGUGUGCAAUAUUUUGAUUUUAAUAAUAUUACAUGGAUGUAUAACUUACACGUUAUAUAUUUCUCGGAUCGUAUAGAACCGUAAAUGCGUUACGGUUUUAUCUCGUAAUUCGUGAAGUACUAAAUAAUACGAAGACGCUGCGAUCGAUUAGUUACAAUGAAAAACAUCGAUUUACAUUAAUCUGUGAAAAAGCAUUGCGGAAGCAAAACAGAAAAGCGGGAAAUCCGGAGAGAAGGAAUUAAAAAACAAAUUCCUUUAUUUCUCCACUCUCCUUAUCUCCGGAUGUUUAUCACAAUGAUUGUCUUGCAAACCCAACCGACUGAUGAAUGCAUGCAUUAUGUAUUGUGUUUUACUUUCGUUCAGUACCGAUAUCAUGCGACAGCACGACUGUGACGAGUAUAUAUCUGCAGGAAAACAUGUUACGAAUACUAAACGUUAUUCUUAUACGAGUACGAGCAUUCGACGCGAUACUUGAGUCACGUUUUUACAGCUUGUAAAAAUGUCAACCUUUCCGCGUGCUUCGAAUACGUUACAAACAGAAGUGCGUGAGCUGUUUUCGCCUUUUAUUUCUAUUUUAUUUACGUUUUAUCUUUUUAUUCUUCGCUAGAGGAUAACGAUUAUCUCGCUUUGUUUACCCACUGACUCAUUCCCACUGAUUAUUUUCAAUUCUACGUAUAAAAGGAGCAACGAUAAAAAUUUAACACCGUUGUCUUAUUUUCUGCGAAUUUAUAUUCCUCGUGAUUAGUAGAUCUUUCUCAAUUCAAAGCGUGAAAAAAAUAACUUCUCACAUCGAAUAUACAAGUUUGAGGUAAUGAAAAGUAUUCAGAAGUUUAGCGUUACUUCGUUUUUGAAAAAUGUUUGAGAUUGAUUGAGAUUGUUUGAUUGCAAAAGAAUAUUGCCGGAUACAUCCCAGAAUGUUUCAAAAGUAUAAAAGAAAAAACUGCGUCUCUUUUUUCUUUUUUGAACUUUUACCUUUCGAAUUCGUUAAACUUCUAUCCGAUUAUCGAACCUCUCAGCGCCAGGAUUACAAAAAAGCAAGAAAAAAGAAGAAAACAAAUCAAACAUCUUUUUGCUUACGGUCCAGAUUUUGGGCUGUUCGAUGCAAUCGUAGGAUUAAAACGGACUGCUUCGAAGGGUUGAUGAAAGAAGAGAAGAAAAAAAUGCCGUGACUUUUUUUUUAUAUCACAAAUACGGUGAAUCAGUUUCAGCAACUCUAGAUAGAUAGAGCUGCAGAUAACGGUUUCAUGGAACAGAUUGUUCCGCGCCAAUUUCCGGUCUACUUUUAAGUUCUAAUUUAUUAGUAUAAUUUAAUGUAUCUUCUACGAUAUUCAAGUAAAAUAUAAACUAUACCACAACUAGGUUUAAACGGUGUCACGAUAGUGUUUUUUUCUGAUUCAAAUCACUGCGCAGUCUUUUUAGUUAAUAU